AAGGCAACCACAAGGUGUUCCUUUCUCAACAAUUCCCGUCCCAAUUCCAAUCGAGAGAGAGAGAAACAGGGCGAUGGGUCUUUCCCCGUCCAAACGAGUCUCUGAAACCCUCACCAACUCACCAGAUUUCACUUCAACCUGCACCUCGGUCUACCAAGACUGCCUAACCCUAGCCCAACACGCCUUCCCAGGCGUCCAACCCUACCAGCUCUCCCACGCCACCUCCCUCCUCCAUCACUCUCUCUCCUCCACCCACCCUCUCCUCAACACCUGGCUGCCCACCCCUCCGCCCCGGCCCCGUGUUGACCGCGCCUACCGAGCCGUAAUCGCUCGCCGCCGCCGGCCCGGAACCGAGCCGGACGGGGAGGGAGAACCGUGCCUCGGGCCGGCCGAGUUUAGGGAAUUUGCGGUCGAGGUUUUUACUGGGGCUGUUGUGGAUAACGCUACGGCGGCAGUGGUGAAGCGAGUGCCGAUUGGGGUGGUGGGGAUUGUGGGGGUAGGGGUGGGGGUUAGGGCUGGGAAGGAUUUGGUUGGGGCUUUGGUUGGGGUUUAUUCGGUUGGUGUUGCGGCUUCUGUUUAUCUCAGUUUAUUAGCUGGAGCUGCUGGAUAGGAAAAUUC